AUGGCAUCUUCGAGUUCAAUCGAAUGGAGGAUUGUGGAAAGGGAUGAGGAAAGAAAACUCUCAAGGUCCAACAAACCCCUAGGAAGCGGCUCCUUUAAAAAAGUUUACUUGGGGUUCGAUGAGGUUAAAGGCAUUGAAAUAGCUUGGGGUAAGAUACCAUUUACACGGCAAAUAAAGAAGUCUAAGAGAUGUGCUGAAGCUGAAUUAUCGAUGUCAUUAGAGCACGAAAACAUAAUUAAAUGCUACGAUCAUUGGUUAGAUAAACCCAAUAAAGUCGUGAACAUGAUUACUGAGUAUUGUUCUUCGGGGGACUUGAGACACUACAUUUUAGAACAUAAUCUUGUUGCUAAUACAGUGAUGAUCAAGAAUUGGUGUAGACAGAUUUUAAGCGCGUUACAUUAUAUUCAUACUCGUGAUCAGCCUGUUUGUCACCUUGAUGUUAAGUGUGCUAACAUAUUUGUUGAUGGUAAAACGGGCACGAUUAAAUUAGGAGACUUUGGAAUUGCAAAGGCGUAUAAUCAAGAAUUGGUUAUAGCUGACAUAAAGAAGUUUGGGGCUACAGUAGCAGAGAUGGCGGAUAGGAGAUUACUACUAUGCGGUGAGGUCAGGUUGGGUGGCAUGGUAUUUGGCGGUGGUGGACCCGAAUUUUUUUCCCAUCCGAUGGCUUACAACUUGUCUGUGCUAGCCGGGGUGAAAAACAAAGAAAUUGCGCGAUUUAGUAAUAAGUGUCUCCCUCCUGCUCCAAGAACCACGGCAUUGGAACUUUUAGAGGACUCAUUUCUUGCAGUCGAUGUUACAGAAACAUCGGCUGCUAGUACUAGUACUGCUGCUGGUAAUCUGAGUCUGAGAAAAUCUGUGCGAGAUCAGGUGGCUGAACUACUGCAGCCGCCUGCAGAAGUACUGAAGGACUUUGACAGUAGAAAUAAGAAAUUCAGGUUACAGGGGAAAAUGUCAGAGGAUGUAUUGAUAUCUAUUACUCUGAGGAGUAUUACUGAUGGCAAUGAUUCGGUUAGAAUGAUGUAUUUUGAGUUCUUGCUUGGAGUCGAUACAAUUCCUGACAUCAUGGCGGAUAUUGCAGUAGAGUUUGACUUGUCUGCUGAAGUAAUCGCGGUGGUUUCUGAGAAUUUGGAACAACUAAUAACAGAAUUUCAGCCUCAUGACAGUAACACACCUUCAAUUUCCAAGGAACAGCAGACGCAAGACGGAAGAUCUGAGGAUAAUAGAAGAAGAGGCAUCAGGAAAUUGAAGCUGUUAUCAUUUUUAUGCUGCACUAAACCCAGAUCAAUUUGA